UUACGAUCCGAGUAAGCAGGUGGAGAGUCUCGGGUGAGGUGCAGGACGAGGACGACGAGUACCGCCAUAGAUUCACACCUCGAUUGCACCUAUUUCCCCCCUUCUUUUAUCUGCGUUAUUCGCUAUAAUACGCGAUUCUUCGGGUUGAUAAAUUGUGUGGAUAAAUUAUAUAUACAAGGCUGGGAAUGAGAGCGGUGACUUGUCUGUUACGUUCGAGAAAUCCCAAAUUUCGAGGGAUUUUCAAUGGCCUCUGUGCUGCCAUUCUGUUUCUCUUCUUCUUUGAUCGGGGAGAUAUACUCAGAAACCCUUUCCUAAAGGGCGUGUCUUUCGGUGCUACUCGUGAUAGAUUCGCCAAUGGGUUGAACCAGUUUACUGUAAUUCGUCGGCAUAUGAGUGAAUUUGACACGAAUGUGUCGAAUUCGAUCACUGGUUCUGGUAAUAUCAGCUUGAGUGGAGAUAUCACUGCAUUGUGCUCCGGGUUACAUCUUCACAAGGGUUAUGCUGAUCCAUGUGAGUUCUUGAAAGCAAACCCUGUCUGCUCUCCAGAUGGAUACAUUGAUUACCUCAAGUUUUUCUACUGUUCUUGCGGAGAUUUCAGAUUCUUGGGUUAUAUGAUGUUGGGUGUUUGGCUUGUUGCUCUGUUUUAUCUGUUGGGUAACACUGCCGCUGAUUACUUCUGUUGUUCUUUGGAGAAGCUCUCCAAGCUUUGGAGGUUGCCUCCGACUGUUUCUGGUGUUACCCUUCUUCCGCUUGGGAAUGGAGCACCCGAUGUCUUUGCAAGUAUAGCCGCCUUUGUUGGCUCGGACAAAGGCGAAGUCGGGCUUAACAGUGUAUUGGGUGGUGCGGUAUUCGUCACCUCUGUUGUUGUCGGGAUUGUAUCGCUUUGUGUGGCGGACAAGGAAGUCAAGAUCGAUAAGAAGUGCUUCGUUAGAGACUUGAGUUUCUUCCUUUUCACACUUAUGUCUUUACUGGUUAUUUUGAUGGUUGGUAAAGUGACGGUGUGGAUUGCCAUUGCCUUCGUCUCGAUAUAUGUGGUUUACGCUUUUUUCGUGGCAGCGAAUGUAAUUCUGAGAAAACAUGCUAGGAGGUUGAAACUGGAUGUUUUUACGCCUUUGCUUCCCAUCCAUGGAAGUGUGUUUUCUCCGAACGUUGAUGAGGAUAUUCCCAUGGAUACCCCCUUGCUAGAGAUUGACUCUGAGGAUGGUCCACCUCUUCUUCAUAGCUCUCUGCCUCAGUGGAUGUGGGCUUCAAACGUUGCUAUCUACUCGAACCAUUUCGCAAAAGUCAGUGUCCAAGAUGAAGAAAGACCUCCAUGGGGAUGGACUGACGAGGAUGCAGAGGCCGAGAGCUCACUAUUCUCUAAAUUCACUUCAUUGUUGGAGAUUCCACUGACGAUUCCAAGACGGUUGACAAUUCCGUUGAUUGAGGAAGACAACUGGUCAAAGACAUAUGCUGUUUCAAGUGUCUCGUUGGCUCCUAUCCUUCUGGCAUUUCUCUGGAGCAGCCGAGACAGUAUGAGUUCUCAAGCCCGUUUUCCAGCAUACUUCAUCGGCAUUGUUACUGGCGGUGUGUUUGGUUUUCUUGCAUACAAAAACACCGAACCUGAUCACCCACCUCGUAGAUUCUUGAUCCCUUGGGUUCUUGCCGGAUUCAUCAUGAGCAUAGUAUGGUUCUACAUGAUAGCUAACGAACUCGUUGCCCUCCUGGUGACAUUUGGCACGAUCUAUGGAAUCGACCCGUCUAUUCUCGGGCUGACAGUUCUUGCAUGGGGAAACUCGAUGGGCGAUCUCGUAUCGAAUAUAGCAUUGUCCAUGAACGGUAAUGAUGGUGUGCAGAUAGCUUUUUCAGGAUGCUAUGCAGGUCCAAUGUUCAACACGCUCAUUGGGCUCGGGAUCUCAAUGAUUCUCGGGACAUUAUCGAAGAAUCCCGACACAUACACGAUCCCGGAGGACAAAACCUUGUUCUUCACUCUUGGGUUCCUCGUUUUCGGGUUAACUUAUGCUCUUGUGAUGUUGCCACGCAACGAUAUGCGACCAAACAAGGCUCUAGGUAUCGGUCUCAUAACGAUGUAUCUGAUAUUCGUUUCUUUCCGGCUCAGCUCCGCCAUGGGAUUCAUAUCGUGGGCGGGUUAGGCACGAGCCCUAAUCGCCCGGGUCGACGUUAUAACGGGCUCGAUCGGAUUAAGGGAUUUCGGGUCUUAUAUAUAUCUCUGUUUAACUAGCUAUUCAGCUUCUGUACAUCACCAAUGGAACAUCUAUGUAGUAGGAGAAAAGAUGGUAAGUGUCAAAGAACAGAGGCCACGGAUUCUGAGAAGAUUUGUGUAUGUAAUAUUAUAUAAUUCAUUUUCGGCCAUGCAAAAUGAUAGGAUAGGAGUGGUCAUUUCGGGUUUCAGUUCAAUUUUUUAUUCGGUUUA